UAAUUUUAUCACGAUGGAGUUUAUAAAUAUUAGGUUCUAAUGUUCUGAUAAAGUAAGGUUAGAAGUCAAGAAAUAUUUUAUAUUUUUAUUCAAUGAUGCAUUUAUAUAAAGAAAACUUAAUAGAUGACUCUACCCUAGACAGUGAUGAAAGUAAUAAUAGUUAUGAUGAUAAUGACAGUGAUAGUAGUAUGCAAAGUCUCUCAGAAGAUGAUAACUUGAGUAGUAGCGAUGACUCUGAAAGUGAAAAUAAUGAAGAAAAUUCUGUUUCAAAUAAUAAUCAAACAUGUAGUUAUACAGGUAAUGAUAUGGAAUCUAAUUUAUUAAAUGAGGAUGAAGAAGAGGAUGAAGUUGUAAAAGCAAUAAUCAGGGCAAGAAAUACAAAUUCAAACCAUCCUCCACCAAUUAUAACAGAAGAUCAUGUUGUAGACACAUGUUUCCAUCCUAAUUCAGACAUGAUUGCUGUAGCUAAUAUUGUAGGAGAUGUACACUUAUACAAGUAUAGUAAUACAGAAACAGAACUUGUAUCAACUUUAGAACUACAUCUUAAAGCAUGUCGUGAUAUAGAAUUUAAUGAAAGUGGUAAAACAUUAUUUUCUACUGCUAAAGAUUUAUGUAUAAUGCUCACUGAUGUAGAAACUGAGAAAUUAACAAGAUUAUACGAGAAUGCACAUACAGAACCAAUAUAUACAAUGACUAUAAUUGGAGAAAAUAUGUUUGCAACAGGAGACGAUGAUGGUGUAGUAAAAUUAUGGGAUCUUAGACAAAAAGAAAAUACACCUGUGUUUUCAUUUAAAAAGAUGGAAGAUUAUGUUAGUGCUAUAGUAACAAAUGAAGAAGCAAAAUAUCUUGUGUGUGCAAGUGGAGAUGGAUCUCUUACCACAUUCAACAUACCAGGAAAGAAAAUGCAUGUUCAAUCAGAGGAAUAUGAAGAAGAAUUAACAUGCCUUGGUUUAUUUAAAUCUGAAACAAAAAUUUUGGUUGGUACAAGUAAAGGAAAGAUGUAUAUAUAUAAUUGGGGAGAAUUUGGACUUCAUUCAGAUGAAUUUCCAAGCUUAACUAAAAAGGCUAUAAAUUGUAUGAUUCCAAUUACCGAUAAUGUUGUAAUAACAGGAGGAGAAGAUGGAAUGUUAAGAGCUACUAGUUUGUUCCCUCGUCGUAAUCUUGGAGUAGUAGGUCAACAUGAUCUUUCUAUUGAAACACUUGAUGUUAAUAGGGAUGGUACUCUAAUUGCAUCUUCCUCGCACAAUAAUGACAUCAAAUUUUGGAAUGUACAAUAUUUUGAAACCUUAAAUGUCACAGAACCCGUGAAAGGUGGGAAACAAAAACAAUUGAAGCAUAACCUUCCAAGUAGUAAAAUUGAUAAUGCGUCUAAUUUUUUUUCUGAUCUUCAAUAAACAAAUAAAGAUAAUAACUGAUGUAAAA